AAGGUGAAUUAAAAGCGAAAAACGUUGAAGCCGAGGAGAAAUUGAAGAUUAUGCUUAUCGAUCAACAGAAAGCCGAGACCAAAAAAGAAGAAGCCCGCAAACUUGAUGAAGUGCUUGCGCAACAAAAAGUCGCGAUCGAAGAAAGGCGAACGGUAGUAAUGGAUGAUUUGGCAAAUGCAGAGCCGGCCGUUGAAGAAGCAAAGAAAGCCGUCAGUGGUAUUAAGAAGCAACAUCUUACCGAAGUGCGUCAUAUGAAUAACCCACCAGCAGCUGUCAAGCUUGCAAUCAUGUCUGUAUGUACUUUACUCAACUUCCCAGUAAGCACUUGGAAGGACUGCCAGAGUGUCGUUCGCAAAGACGAUUUUAUCGCCAACAUUGUCAACUACGAUACUGACAAGAAUAUGACCAAAUCGAUAAGAGAAAGAAUGAAGGCCGAAUACGUUAACCAGAAAGAAUAUAAUUACGAUACCGUCAACAAAGCAAGCAAAGCUUGCGGUCCAUUAGUUAAAUGGGUAACAGCUCAAGUAGGAUACUCUGAAAUCUUGGAUAGAGUUGGUCCACUGCGGAAUGAAGUUAUGGGCCUACAAACACGUCAGGAGACUACCGAAGCACAUGCUGAGGCAAACCGUAAAAUGAUUGCCGAUUUGGAAAAAGAAGAUUGA